AGAUUGUUGUUGUUGCGGUAUGUGUUUUGUACCUUCAUGUUUAAAUUCAUCGGAAAGUACACCCCAUAAAUUAUUUAUAUUUGUUCCGAGAAACCCAGUAGUGAGAAAAACUUUGUUUGAUGCUGUUGGGCGUACAUUAGUAAAAACAACAUCAUAUUGUUGUGAAGAUCAUUUUAAUUUAAAAGAAGAUUCUAUAAACUUUUCUUUUUACAUGAGAACUGGGAAAAGUCCACGUAUUAAAACUGGCAUCACACCUCAUUUAUUUCUACAAGAUAGUUGCAAAGAUUUCAGUUUUUCACAACUUCAACAAAAACAAGAAAUAUCAUCUGAGGGUGAGGAAAAUAGUGAACCUGAACAUCCAUGCAUCUCAACUACAUCUAAAAAUACUAGAGAUGAAAUGUACUUGGAGACAUUGCCAUCUACUUCUAGUACUUCUUCAUGGUUACAAACUACAUCUAGUGAAGAACAAUUUAACAGUGAUCUAAGUGAACACGAGGAACAAAAUGUAGACUUUAAAAAUUUGAGUAAAAAAAGAGAAAUCCUUGCGAUUGAAAUGCAGCCUCGAUUUUAUUUAGGUUUAACUAGUGAAGUUUACUAUUUAGUGAAAAUUAUAUAUAUUCAUAAGCAUAUAUCAGAAAGAGACAUACUAGUAGUUUUGAAAAAGGUUAGAUUAAACGAUACAUUUUUUCGAUUAGGUUUGGAUUAUUGAGAUUGUACUUUUAUUUUUCCUAUUAAACUUACUAUAUAUUGCUGUUUGUUUUUAGGUGUAUAUACAUUUUUAACUCUUUUUGAGAUAAGUUAUGUACAACUAAAAAAUGAGAAUACAACAUUGUGAAACUAUUUUAUUUAUAAAUCCUAGUUAACUUUGGAAAUACGUAAUUUUUCCAAAAUAGUAAACUAUUUUCAAUUAACUCGUUACAAUAAAUUUCAUUACACGUAACAUUAUGUAUAUAAAUUUUAUUAUUUGUUUCAAAUUCUGGAUCUGCAACUGCAAAAAUUGCUUUAGUCUUCUUACACAUUUUCAUUUGCAACUGCAUCUGACCCAUGUAUUUUUCAAUAAUUUUUCCAUCCUUGACAAAAUUACUUAUACUAGUCAAUGGGCAUUUCACUUCUAGGACUGCAUCACUUGAAAUGGCAUCAGGCGAGGCUCCAAAGACUGGUAACAUAUUAUUUAAAACAAGUCCACAUUUCGUCGUUUCAAUUCCACAUAUAUUUUCAAUGCAUUUUAUAACCCUGUCUUCUAAUUCUAAUCCUCUCUCCAUGGCUUUUGUCUGUACAAUUUUUGUAGCACCAAAAAUUUUCUCGAGUAAAGAACCUUCUGUUUUACAUCGGCUUGCCUCAUAAAUCUUCGAAGCUGUAAUUCUUCCAAAUCUUAAUUCAUACCAGUUUGUAUUUUUGGACUGGUUUCUUGUAGCCUCGGAAGCAAGUGCAUAAUCAUUUGCAUCCAUUUUUUUUAAUAGUAUUCUAAGAAAAAUUCUGGAGUUAUGUCGAUAUCAGCAUUUUCUAUUUGACAAUGAAUAAAUAGCUAGUGUAACGAUAAAGUAGGAUACAAAGGACCUCUAUCCAUAUUUAGUAACAAACUAUCUAUGGAUUUUCUUUAUUAUGUUCUCUAAAAUUCUCUAUUACUACAGAUGAGUUUUCAUCAGUCAUUGAUGGAACUUUUACCAUCUCAGACAAUUUCAUAAAUUUUUUCAGCGAACCUACUUUCGAUAAUUCUGAUUUCUUCCAAUAACAUAACUGUUCCGUAGGAGAUGGUUCUUCACUUCUCCUAUGCAACCAAAAUAAAAACGCUAUCGUAUGUUUACAGCCUCCUUUGGCAGCAGCAUAAUCCUCACAUUCACAUAGAUUGAUUAUAUUCUCAUUCUCAUUUACUAUGACAUUUACAUCAUAAGCUUUUGAAUGUACUUUAUCUUCUGGCGUUAUUUUUGCUUUGAUCAAACAAAUAUUAUUGUUCCUUUUUAAUUGCACAUAUCCAAUGGCAGAAUCUCCAUAUGAUUGUCUUGCUGAUCUAAAAUCAAAUUAAAAAACAUUCAGUAUAUGAGAAAGGAAUUUAUUUGCAAAUAAACUAAAAAUACUAAGUUUAUUAAAUAUUUUAAUAUGCUAUAUUAAAAAUGAAUUCUUAGCUCAUGUGUUUUUUUCCACGUAAUUCCACACUUAUAUAGUUUGCAUUUUCAACAAAAUAAUUUGCUAUCAUUUCUGAAGUAACACGGGGUGAAUUGCUUGAAUCAGCUUUAAUAAAAUCAGUUUCAACCUUAGCCAUUUUUACACUAUUACACAACUAUUUUCAAUCUUUCACUUUGAUAACUACAAAAUUCAUCAACAAAUAUGUAAACAAAAAUUUGAGGUUAUAUUUAUAUAUGUUUAUUAAAAUACAGGGCUUGCUU